AUGGCCGACAAUGGGAAGUCAGCGACAGACAUCAUCACCUAUAUCGGUGUGCCAUUGGCGGUGCUGGGAGUUCUCCCUAUUCUCUACAACACUUUUGCAACCCUCGCAUCUCUCUCGCGUAUAAAGCGCAUGCUCCGGCGAAGUCGCCUGACUGCGCUGACACGUAGUGAUGUUGUGAAUCGCGUCAUCGAAAUCGAGUUGCCGCGGUAUGCCGUCAUGCCCUUGGACAGGUUUCAGAACAGAUCAGAGUACUGGACCUUGUCGCGCCACCCCAGCUCGAUUCCUGGCGGAAGCUGGACAACGUUCAACUGGAAGACGAAUGCUAUCGGGAUGAAGACUCAGCGCGUUGAGUAUGCUGAUCAGGUGCGCCAGCCCCAGGUCGAGGUCGCGUUUGGCGAGCUGGUUUCCUAUCUACUGGACCUUGGAGCUGUUCCAGAUCCCCAUGGCUGGAAAUUGUUGAGAUCCACGGGACUGUGGGCACCCGUGGGCUGUUCCUUGAUGAUGUCGCCUGAUGGGAGAGAAAAGGCUCUUUAUCUUGCUCCGCUGGACGACUCAGACGGGCACCUAUCACUUGCUGUGGCAUGGUCCAGCUCCUGGAUUACUCGCGAUCACGCCCAUCUCCCGCCAUAUUGGGUUCGCUUACCAGCAUUGGCUGGCAAAUCAAGCGAACUGACGCCCUCUGACGAAAAGAAGGACGAGAAGAAGGACGAGAAGAAGGCACCGGAUACCGAUGAGGACCAGAUACAGAGCGGCAGCGCUAGCGUAGCAGCAAGCCACGACGAUGCCAACUCCAUCGAGCAUCAAGUUCAUACAAACAUGAAGAAUGACAUCACUUGCGAAAUAUCCUUGUCUGGGCUUGUCACAGCUCUGGUGGAAGGGGGUGUUAAUAACAACAGUACACCUGACAGCCUCUACAUCGAACAUCUCCGCAUACAGUCGCGAAAGUCCAACGGGGUCUGGUUUGCGAGCGCUGUCACAGCUUAUGGCACCUCUAGUCAGACAAUCCUGUGGAACUAUAAGAUCCCGGAUGACAUCCUGUCGUUUUCUAGAAAAGAAACGGUGCCGUGUGGCGUCUUGGUGUUGCUCGGCAUGGUGGAUGAGUCGGAGACACCCGAGUGGGCUACCAAGCACCAUGACUACGGCGCUUCUCUUGAUCUAUUCACACAGAGAACCAGAGAAUCCCGCCAAGCCAUGGAGGCGGAGGCCAGAAUGGCCCCAGCUCAGCGUGAACAGGCCGUCAGAGACAGGAUGCGUAGAGAAUCAGAGCAGCGGAUGCAGGACAUGCGAGAUAAAAUGAGAACCCAGCAGCAGCAGCGUGACCAGCGAGCUAUGGAAGCUCUGCAAAGUCCAAAAUGGGACACAAAACUCGUCGCCGAUUAUUGUUUAACAUGGUUGAAAGCUCGAAAAAUCUGGGACGAAUCCUUGUCUGUGAAAGAAGUUGUUGGCUUCAUGCUGCAUCGCAUGGUUCGCGACGGAGAAUUUACGUCGACUAUCUGCAAGAUGUUGGACACUUGGAAGGCGUGGGCGGACAUGGGAGGCAUGAGAAAGUCCGACUACCAGGCCAUUCAAGAGAACCAAUCGACAUUUGCUGAGGCGACGUUGUUGAUUGCCUUGAUCAAAGACACAUCUGAUGCCUUGGAGGGGACGCUGGCCAUGGAUUUGCAGGAAUGUUUACGGAUGUGGCACAAAGUGCGGCUUGGGUAG